ACAUUUAGAUUCUGUACAUUAAAAUAAUAUAAAAAUCCUCCAGGCGGGAAAUUUUAGCGCAAAAAACUUAAAGCGGCUGAGCUCUCUCUAUCUGCACACAGUCAUUCAUCACCUGUCUCAGUGACCCAAUCUUCUACAUUUGACACCCAUGGACUCCGAUUCAGACUCCGAUGGCUCACAUAUAUCCGCCACUCCUCCACGAGAACCACUCCUGCCUCCGAGGCGGCCGCCGCAACGGCCUCCAAAACCUCUUACCUCCCCCUUCAAAUCCACAACAAAGAUCAAACCUUCCUUUCAUUCAGAUACCAUUUCCAAACCCAAUAAACCAUAUUCGAAACAUGCUAAACCCGAGCCAGAACCGGGACCCAAACCCAAAGUCAAACCUAUUCAACAACCGGGCCUCGCUUCUCCGCUCGGCAAUUUUCCCUUCCAGAUCCGCCGUCCAUCCGAUCAACCCCAACCAAUCUGCACCGGCCGUUCCCUCGAAACACUCCCUGCUGGUUUCUUCUCUACGCACCGGCCCUCCUUCUCCAAAAUCCAAAAACCUUCCCUCAGUUUCGAACCCCUAACCACACCAGAAAUAACUGCCGAACCUAAAAUUAACGGCUCUGAUUCCUCAGGUUCCACCAACAAGAAGUUUCCUAAUUUGAUCAGAGGAGAUGCACCUUUACCUCCAGUUAAAUUACAAAGGCGCAGCGAAGAAGGUAACUUCGUGAAGCUCAAUUUCAAUGGCUAUAAACGCAAGUUCACAACCAAAGGUAAAAAGACGAAUAGUUACUCUUCCAAAUCAAAGUAUUUCAAAAGAAGCAAGAGAAGAGUCAAAUCCGAAGUCGAUAUGGAGAGCAUUUGCGACGAAGAAGGUUUAGUUUCGGAAAUUAAACAACAGCGUAAAGCAGAGAAAAAGACUAGGUGCGAGUCGAUCGAAGCGGCGGUUUCGGCGGUUCAAAACGAGGCGUCGGAUGAUACCCUGGUGAGGUUGUUGAAAGCAAUGUACGGCUACGAAUCGUUCCGUAAUGGACAGGUGGAAGCGAUUAAGAUGGUGCUUGCUGGCAAAUCAACGAUGCUAGUUUUGCCAACUGGAGCUGGGAAGUCGCUUUGCUAUCAGAUUCCGGCGGUGCUGUUGCCGGGAAUUACGUUGGUUGUGAGUCCGUUGGUGGCUUUGAUGAUUGAUCAGUUGAAACAGUUGCCUCCCAUGAUUCGAGGCGGUCUCUUGUCUAGCAGUCAGGGACCUGAAGAGGCUGCCGAGACACUAAGGCUGAUUCAAGAAGGGAGCAUAAAAGUGCUUUUUGUUUCACCAGAAAGGUUUAUGAAUGCUGACUUUUUAUCAAUAUUUUCUGCUACUGCGUUUGUAUCACUUGUUGUGGUUGAUGAAGCUCACUGUGUAUCUGAAUGGUCACAUAAUUUCCGGCCCUCAUACAUGCGACUUAGAGCAUCUUUACUACGUGCCAAACUCAAUGUUGAAUGCAUUCUUGCAAUGACUGCAACUGCCACUACCACAACUUUGCAUUCUGUUAUGUCAGCACUAGAGAUUCCUUCAACCAAUCUCAUUCAAAAUGCACAAUUAAGGGAUAAUCUACAGUUAUCAGUGUCUUUGAGUGGCAAUAGAAUGAAGGACAUGCUAAAGUUGAUGAAGUCCUCUCCUUUUUUGGAAGCUCAAAGCAUUAUUGUUUACUGCAAAUUUCAGUCUGAAACUGAUCUGAUAAGCAGGUACUUUAGUGAUAACAAUAUCUCUGCAAAGAGUUACCAUAGUGGUAUGCUGGCAAGAGAUCGCAUCCGCAUACAGGAGUUGUUUUGUGCUAAUAAGAUUAGAGUGGUUGUUGCAACUGUGGCAUUUGGCAUGGGGCUUGACAAGAGGGACGUUGGAGCUGUAAUUCAUUAUAGCUUGCCAGAAAGCUUGGAAGAGUAUGUACAGGAGAUUGGCCGUGGUGGACGAGAUGGGAGAUUGUCCUAUUGCCAUCUCUUUUUAGAUGACAUGACAUAUUACAAGCUCCGUAGUCUUAUGCACAGUGAUGGAGUGGAUGAAUUUGCAGUAAACAAAUUUCUUUGUCAAGUUUUUGCUGAUGACACAAAUUCACGGGGGAAAGUUUGUUCAUUAGUGAAAGAAUCUGGAUCUCGCAAAUUUGAUAUGAAAGAAGAGGUAAUGCUCACACUCCUAACACAUCUGGAGUUGGGCGAAACACAAUACUUGCAUCUGCUUCCGCAGCUAAAUGUUACUUGUACACUGAAUUUCCAUAAGACUUCCCCAAUAUCACUUGCUGACAGGGAUACUGCAGUAGCUGCCAUUUUGAAGAAGUCUGAAAUUAAGCAAGGGCAGUAUGUGUUCGACAUACCCACUGUGGCAAAUAGCAUUGGGGUUGCACCUAGUGACCUAUCAAAUCACUUGCAGAAUCUUAAGGUAAAGGGAGAAAUAACAUAUGAGGUCAAGGAUCCAGCCUACUGCUAUAAGAUUGUCGAGGUUCCUAGUGAUUUUUGUUCUCUCUCAGCACUUCUUACCAGAUGGUUAUUGGAUAUUGAAAAUUGCAAGGUAUGGAAAUUGGAUGCUAUGUACAGUUCUGCAGUUUUUGCAAUGGAUACAUGUGAGACGACGCAUGGUUGCGAUGUUGCCCAGCAGACAUCAUGCUUGCAAAAGAAGAUUUUAGAUUAUUUUGAGGGAGACAAUAAUCAUGAUGUCCUUGAUAAGAUGGGUCACAACAGCCCUUUUCUUCGAGCAGAUAUAAAGGUCUUUCUGCAGGGCAACUCACAUACUAAGUUUACUCCAAGAGCUAUUGCAAGGAUAAUGCAUGGCAUUGGGAGCCCAGCCUAUCCUUCUUCAACUUGGUCAAAAACUCAUUUCUGGGGAAGGUAUACACAAAUAGAUUUCAGGGCGGUAAUGAACGCAGCAAAGGCGGAACUCAUGAAUCUUGUUGGGAAAGAUGCACCUUAGCUGCUUAGUGUCAUGUUUAAUAUGCAAGCAUCUGAAAUAAAGAGCGAUAUCCAGGUGCAGGUGGUUUUUUUUUUUUUAGUUAUUUUUAAGUUCAUUACAAUUUACAUUUGUCCAGCUAUUUUUUAAGUUCUAGAGAAUUUCUCCUGUAGCAGGUGUUUCUGAUACUUCUUUUUGCAUAAUGCUUUGGUGGUUUAGAAGUGGGUGUGCAGAACAGAGAAAACACGAUACAGAGGCAAUUACAUGCCAGGUGUAAUUUUAUUUGGCAGCCUGCAUAUAUGAUAUCUCCUACCCCACCAUGAGAGGGCUGGGUGGUGAAUUGAGCGGCUGUUGGAGAACUGAGAGAAUUCUUUAUUUAUUAAAACAUACGUUUAUAUGGGCCUCGAUUAUCGAAUGGGUUGAUGGAAAAUUCCCUAUCCGGCAUUGCAUAUAUGGAUAUUGAAGUCGUUUUAAGGAUUGAGAGUUUGGAAUUUGAACUAAAAAUAAUAAGAAAAGGAAUGUGGAUUAUACCAGUA